ACUAAGCUCCAAGGAAGUGAACAGGAUCCUUUCACAUAGGGAGCUUUGGGGGGGAAAAAAAAACUUUAAAUAAUAAUAAUCUGGGACUGGGGUCUGCGAGGAGUCUGUCAGUAUAUGGAAACUCACACCACUUUCUCUGUCCUUGGUAUUGGCUGGAAGGGUGGCCAUGAGAUCAGGAGUGCAAGAUUUUGAAUUGCGCUCUCCAUGUGACUUCACUUGACAUUGCACGCCAUUCAAACGAAAUGAAAAAUGAAAAGUCUGGCAUCCCGGGAGAUGAAUGCUGACUGAUGCCAAGCACAUUUUCCUCUUGUUGCAGAAAGGUAAAAAAUGGGAAACGCAGAAAGUCAAAAUGUAGAGCAAGCUUUAUAUGGAAAAGACCAUCCAAGUCUGGGGCGAAAACACACAUCACGCUCACUUCGCAUAUCUAAUAAGAAUUCACGUCGCACGCGCCAUGCUUCUUCCGGUAAGCCUGUGCACCGAAAUUCCGAAGUUAGCACGCGUUCCAGCAGCACUCCCAGCAUCCCUCAGUCUUUAGCAGAAAAUGGCAUGGAGCCUUACGCCCAAGAUGCAAACCUGGAUGAUUUUGACAGCCAUGUUUGGGUUGAUGUGGGUUUAAGGCCCGUCUCCUACCACACAGAUUCUUCAGUGACCCCGAGUUUAAACAGCAGCACUGUCUUAACAGCAGCAUCAGUACAAAGCAUGCAGGACUCUGAGGAAAGCAGACUCUUCGGAGAGGAGGCUUCAUAUUUUCCAGAUGGAAAUGGUGAAACUCAACAUUAUUCGACAAAUGGGCCAAACCUCUUGGAGGCUGCAAGUUUUAAGAAAAAGAGGUCCAAGUCUGCAGACAUAUGGCGAGAGGAUAGCUUGGAGUUCUCGCUCUCUGAUCUAAGCCAAGAACACUUAACUAGCACAGAGGAAAUCUUAUGCUCCACUGAAGAGAAGGAUUGUGAGGAAAUGAGGAGGACUGAGGAAGGUGAUUGUCCCAAGCAGCUGGACCCCUGCCAACGUGCCAAUUCUUUAACGGUCUUGUACCCUCAGAAGAACCCUCACCUGUCAAUCAAUGGAGUCCCUAGGAAUAAAUUUAUGAUUUAUUGUCGAAAUUUAGUCUCGCACUCACCAGAGUCUGAUAAACACAAAAUGGUACCUGCUUCUCCGGAAGAAGCCCCAUCAUACAAUAAUUACAACACGCUUCCCUGCAGAAAGUCCCACUGCCUGUCCGAAGGCGCCACAAACUUAAAGCUGAGCCAUAGCAAUAGCAUGCAUGGCAGAAGAGCAAAGACAACUCAGGAUGUCAACACUGGUGGGGAAGGAAGUGAGUUUGCAGAUAGCGGUAUUGAUGCAGCAGCUACUGACACAGACAUUAUGUCGAGAAGAUCAAAUGCCACUACAUCCAGCUACUCUCCCACCGCUAGUCGAGCAUUCAUCGGGAGCGACAGCGGCAGCAGCUCCGGCGAUGCACUCCGCCAAGGAGUGUAUGAGAAUUUCCGCCGGGAGCUGGAGAUGAGCAGCGCGAGCCGGGAUAAUCUAGAAGAGGCAAAUUCUGCUCUGAGUGAUGAACAAAGCAGCGGCACUUUAAGUUCUCCUGGUCAGUCUGACAUUCUACUGACCGCGACCCAAGGAACUGUGCGCAAGGCUGGGGCAUUGGCCGUCAAGAAUUUCCUCGUCCACAAGAAGAAUAAGAAAGUAGAGUCUGCUACGCGCAGGAAGUGGAAACAUUACUGGGUGUCCCUUAAAGGGUGUACGUUGUUCUUUUAUGAGAGUGAUGGACGAUCUGGAAUAGACAAUAACAGUAUCCCCAAGCAUGCGGUGUGGGUGGAAAAUAGUAUUGUGCAGGCGGUUCCGGAACACCCGAAAAAAGACUUUGUAUUCUGCCUCAGUAAUUCUCUUGGAGAUGCCUUCCUGUUUCAGACAAACAGCCAAACAGAAUUGGAGAAUUGGAUCACAGCCAUCCAUUCCGCCUGCGCCACCACAGUGGCGAGACAGCACCAUAAAGAGGACACUGUCAAACUAUUAAAAUCCGAGAUCAAGAAACUGGAACAGAAGAUCGAUAUGGAUGAGAAGAUGAAGAAAAUGGGGGAAAUGCAACUUUCAUCUGUUACAGACGCAAAGAAAAAGAAAACAAUUCUGGAUCAGAUCUUUGUCUGGGAGCAAAAUCUUGAGCAAUUUCAGAUGGACCUGUUCAGGUAUCGCUGCUAUCUGGCCAGCCUUCAAGGAGGGGAGCUGCCAAACCCCAAAAGACUUCUUGCUUUUGCAAGCCGGCCAACGAAAGUCGCAAUGGGACGCUUGGGGAUCUUUUCCGUGUCCUCCUUUCAUGCCCUGGUGGCAGCUCGUACUGGAGAGUCCGGCGUCCGGAGAAGAACACAAGCAAUGUCCCGAUCGGCCAGCAAGAGGAGGAGCAGGUUCUCUUCACUCUGGGGCCUAGACACAUCGUCCAAGAAAAAACAAGGACGGCCCAGCAUUAACCAGGUGUUUACUGAUGGUUCUGAACCUGUCAAGAAAUCUUUGGAAGGUAUAUUUGACGAGACCAUGUCAGAGGAAAAGAAGGAGAAAGAAGUCGUGCUGACCACUGUCCAUCCACACAAUCCGGACACUGACAUGUGGGUACAUGAUUACCUGGUUCCUUCCUGGGUGGGCUUGCCAAAUGAUCAGGCUGUUCUUAUGGUAAUCCAUCCAGAGGACACCGCCAAGGAUGCGUUGGAAAUCAUCUGCAGGGCUCAUCAGCUGGACUGCACAGCCCAUUAUCUUCGUCUGAAAUUCCUAACUGACAGUCAAAGACCACACUAUAUCCCCAAGCCUGAAGAGGAGAUCUAUGAGUUGCUUUAUAAAGAAAUUGAAAUCUGUCCAAAAAUCAUAAAACACAUUCAACUUGAGAAGAGUGAACAUUGUAUAGAAAACUUUGGAUUUUCCCUCUCUUCAGUUGAAGAAGACGGCAGACCGCACCUUUAUAUCAACAGCGUGAGGGAAUCGGGCUUGGCAUUUAAGAAAGGUCUGAAAGCUGGAGAUGAAAUAUUGGAGAUAAACAAUGCCAAGGCCCGCGAUCUCAAUUCAGCGCUGUUAAAGCAUUUGCUUUCUAAGCCGCUACUGUGCCUUACAGUCCGUACCUGCCCUGCAGCGGAAGAGAACGCCGGUGUGUUUGAGGCAUUGCCACGGCGAUCAGAUGGUGAUUGCAGCGACUAUACGCUUGUCAGCACUCCACGAGCAUGCAGUGACACGAUCAGCUGUAAUGAAACGGCGCCCGAGGAGAGAGAAGUUCAACUUGAAGUUAGCGACGAGGUGGAUGCAAUAAACAAAAGCACGGAGCAGGUUGCUGCCUUUUGUCGCAGCCUGCAUGAAAUGAAUCCUCCUGACUCCUGCCUGACUCCCUCCGAAUCCGCAGGACCACAGCUUGCAACCAUGAGACAGCUGACAGAUGCCGACAAACUCCGCAAGGUUAUCUGCGAGCUGCUUGAGACGGAACGCACAUAUGUCAAGGAUCUGAAUUGUCUAAUGGAGCGAUAUCUUAAACCGUUACAAAAGGAAACAUUUCUAACGGAAGAGGAGCUUGAUGUCCUGUUUGGAAAUUUAGUGGAGAUGGUGGAAUUCCAAGUUGAGUUCUUGAAAACUCUUGAAGACGGAGUAAGGCUUGUGCCAGACCUGGAAAAGCUGGAAAAAGUAGAUAAAUUUAAGAAAGUUUUGUUUUCCCUGGGUGGAUCCUUUUUGUAUUAUGCGGACCGCUUCAAGCUGUACAGUGCUUUCUGUGCCAGCCACACGAAGGUCCCUAAAGUAUUAGUUAAAGCAAAAACAGAUUCCAGUUUCAAAGCUUUUCUCGAUGCACAAAACCCAAAGCAGCAACAUUCAGUUACCCUCGAAUCAUACCUGAUCAAACCCAUACAGCGCAUCUUAAAAUACCCGCUACUCUUAAAGGAGCUGUAUUCUCUGACUGACGCCGAAAGUGAAGAGCAUUACCACCUAGAUGUGGCUAUUAAGACUAUGAACAAAGUUGCAAGCCAUAUUAAUGAAAUGCAGAAAAUCCACGAAGAGUACGGAGCGGUGUUUGAUCAGCUUAUAGCAGAACAGUCCGGGGAGAUUAAAGAGGUGGCAGAUCUAUCGAUGGGAGAUUUACUUCUGCAUAGCACAGUGGUCUGGUUGAACGUGCCAGCGUCACUAGGGAAAUGGAAAAAGGAUCCAGAACUGGCAACAUUUGUGUUUAAGACGGCUGUUGUGUUGGUUUACAAGGACAGUUCUAAGCAAAAGAAGAAGCUGGGUGGGUCUCAUCGAGCAUCAAUGUUUGAAGACCGUGAUCCUUUUCGUUUCCGUCAUAUGAUUCCAACCGAGGCUUUGCAGAUUCGAACAAUGACAACUUCAGAUGCUGACACCAACUGUGUUUGUGAGAUCGUCCACGUGAAAUCUGAAUCCGAGGGCCGGCCAGAGAGAGUGUUCCAUUUGUGCUGCAGCUCUCUGGUAAGCAAGAAGGAGUUCCUGAGGGCCAUCCACUCCAUUCUGCGUGACAAGCACAGAAGACAGCUGCUUAAAACAGAAAGCUUGCCCAACUCUCAGCAAUAUGUUCCCUUUGGGGGAAAGAGACUGUGUGCGUUAAAGGGUGCUCGUCCAGCAAUGAACCGAGCAGUUUCUGCUCCCAGCAGGUCUUUAGCCAGAAGACGACGUCUGGUAAGGAACAGAUUCACCAUCGACUCAGAUACUGUAUUCUCAGCCAGCCCAGAUAAGGAAUCCGAACCAGACAUCGAACCAAAACCUCCACAGCAGACGGCAAACAGUGGGGACACAGACCGCUGGGUGGAGGAGCAGUUUGAUCUUGCCCAAUAUGAGGAGCAGGAUGACGUUAAAGAAACUGAUAUUCUAAGCAGUGAUGAUGAGUACUGUGAAUCUAUUAAAGGUGGUUCUCUAGAGAAGGAUCUGAGUGAGGAGCUUGAAGCCACGUCGAUCUCCAACCAUCCAUUAGCAGGUAGAGCUCAAAACUCGAGUACACAUGCAUCCCGAAUGGCUCAACUGAAGAAGCAAACCGCAUUUUCCGGGCUCAAUGGUAGCAUUGAAAGCAACACAGAGGAAGUCAUUUGGGUGAAGCGUGAAGACUUUGUUCCCACCAGAAAAUUAAACACAGAAAUAUGAAGAGGUCACUUACAAUUUUUUCAAAGGUCAAAUUGAGGUGGCAACCUUUUACCCUGUACAUGCACUGUGGAAAGUUGAUCCUUUAGACUGCAUACUUGCACACGACACGAUGACAUUGGCAGCUGUAUUGGCCAUUUGGCCAGUUUUGGGUUACAAUACUACAAAUGCAAAUCCUGUUACACAAUCCCAAAAGUCCUUUCAUCUGUAAUGAAGAAGGGCUAAAAAUUAUUGUAUUUAUUCUAAAACAAUCAGGGUUGGAAAGUUUCAAAGGUUUAAGGGAUUUUAAGUCCCCGAAAUGUGAUAGCACAAGGAACGAAAGGGAUUUACGUUGUGAGAAGUCAAUCAUUCCUCUGUUCCUACUGCUUUUCUCUUGUUUAUGAAAUCUCAGUGCUCCUCACCUUUUCCUCUCCUCAUUGUUACAGUGGCUUUGUAUUUAGGAGUAUUUGAGGUAUAGUUUGGGGUUUAUGUUGUAAAGCUAUUUUUUCUCCUUUUUACUAUAUUUGCUGGUUAUUUAAAUGGUUAUGUUUUUGGAAGAUGUUUAGUUUUUACAAGGAAUAUUCUAAAAAUGCCAAACUCUUACCAGAGACCCAGAUGUAACACUUGAAAGAAAUUAUACAACUUUUUUUGUAUUUAUACUUUUUAAAAUUCAGGGACACCAAGGGAAACGGGGCAUUUUACAUUGUUAGCCUACAAAAUUCAGAUAAUCUAGUCUUUCAUAGGGGAUAGGACCACAGUAGUUUUAUAUGUAAAUAUAUAUAUUUAAUAAAGAGAAUCUCAGAUGAAGACAUGCACAGGUCUACAAUUAACAUAUCCUGGUUUUCGAAGCCAUUAUUCUAUUCACAAAACCAAAGCCCUUCGCCAACAUGAACAUUAGUCAACUCAAACAGGCCAUAUCUUAUACCUAGUUUGGACAAGCGCAGGUUACUUUAUCAUCUCCCCUUCCCCUCCUUCCCCCUCAUUUGACCCAUUUUAUUUUUUUAUUUAAACCUCUGAAACUGACAAAAAUUACACCCGGCAUUAUUUAUUUAUUAUUUAAAUUGAAUAAUUAAGGAAGGACAUGGAUCUGUUUUUAUUGCAAGAAUUUUACACGUUAAGGUGUUGUGCAAUGCGUUUGACUUAAAAUCUUCAUGUUGUGAUCACUAGAUGGAAAUAGCUGUAUAAUCUCUUCUUUAUCGGGGACUCCUCAUACAUAGAGAGGUGAAAUAGUGAAUUUCCUUGCCCCCCUUUUUCCGUGAAGGGUUUCAAGGCAAUUUAUUUGAUAAGCUAUAAUUCCAUUGUGACGUGUAAAAGUGAAGACCUCAAAUGUUAAUCUUGCUACUCAUUGCCGCUUUAAAUGUCACUACAUAACUUAUUUUGAUUGAUGUGACAGUGAAUUUUUUGCGAUCCAUAUGCAAUGCUUUUGAAAAGACCCCCCCCCCCCCCCUUUCCCCACCUAUCCUUUGUAACUCUAUUGUCAUUUUUAUGCCAUCUGCAGUUCACUUGUGUAUGGCCUAAUGAUUAGUCCAAGGCUUAAUGGGCAGUUUGUGUACUGUAUCGAGCAGAGUAUGGUCAAUUGUGGAAAAACUGGAGAGUCUGGUGCUUCUAUCCAUUCGAGUGCCGAAGGGUGCACGGAAUUGUUAUCGCUGGUUUCACAGAGCUUUUCCCUCAACCCUCUGGCUCUCGAAGUGUAAUGUUGGUACCAUUCUGUGUACAUAUUGUUAUGACAUGUCUGUCAAAUCCGUUCUUAUAUAUUUCUUUUAUAAGCUGAAAGAAGGUCUAUUUUUAUGUUUUUAGUUCUAUGAAUGAAAAGUUGUAAAUGCUUGUUAAACAA